UGUAAACUGGAUGUGUAAUCCCUCUUUAGGACGUGGUUAUUCCAGAUCUGAUGAAGAAACUGGAUAUCCUGGGAGAUAAUGGGAACUUGCGUAACGAGGAGCAGAUUGUUGUCAUCCAGGCGGGGACGGUUCUGUCAAUGUGUGAGAAGUGGUUAAAACAGAUAAACAGCACAGAGGCAGCCUUGACCCAGAAGAUGAUUGACCUGGAGAAUGAGACGGACCAGUUCAGUAAGCAGAAGGGUUUCAUGGAGGAGGAGCUGGACUACAGGAAGCAGGCCCUGGAUCAGGCCUACAUGGUACGACACAGCAACAUGAUGGGAGAGGAGGGUUACUCUACAGCUGUCUCCUGCUUGUAGGAACAUGGGUGGUGGUCCUCAGUUGGUAGAGCAUGGAACUUGAAGUUGCAAUGCCAGGAUAGUGGGUUAGAUUCCCAGGAAACACCUGUUCGUAAAAUGUAUGCACGCAUCACUGUAAGUCGCUUUGGUUAGAAUCGUCUGCUAAAUGGCAUAUAUUGUAUUAUAAUUAUAUAUUACAAUAGUCCUUAUAUUAUCAAGAUGACAUGCAAUAGUUUCAUAAAGUAUAUGUUUUAGACCUAGAUGUAGACCCACUG